AUGAAGACGUUUUCCUGGUUCUUUAGAGAGAGUGGCCGUGGAAAGAGGACCGCAGAUGGUGUUGGCACUACAUGCAAAAGAACUGCAGAUGGCAUUGUUGCUACAAUAAAUACUCACAAUAAGGCACUCCUAAUGACUGAAAAAAGAGUCCACAAAUUGCGUGCUAAUUGUUUCUAUGAGCUUAUGAAUAAAUAUCAAGAAAACAGCCUAUCAUUUUGUUUUGAUCUACAAAAAGUUCAAGUACUACCUAAAACAACAAUACAGGACGCUUACUACUCUCGACAGAUAAGUUUGUAUAACUUUUGUGUAGUUGAUGUACAGGCAAAAAACACAAUCUUUUACUCUUGGAUUGAGUUGAAGUCUGGUAGAGGGGCUGUUGAGAUCUGUUCUGCUUUGUACUCAUUUCUGAUUGAGCUAGACAUACCUGACCAUUUUGGUGAUGAUUGGAUGACUGUACCAGAAUUAGAAUGGUAUAAUCGUGUAAUCAAUGAUAGUAGAAGCAAUGUCAGAGAAGUUAAUGAAAAUUGUGAGCAUAGGGAUGACGAUAAUGAAUCUUGUCAGUGUUUGGAACAAGAUAUAGCCUUCAACAAUAGGACAACAGUAGGACCUGCUGCAGAAAACUUAAACAGUGAAUUAUCCUACGAGUACGUUAUACCCAUGUGUUUGACUAGUAGUCAAAAUACACUCUUAACAAACCAAACAAAAAUAUUGGAGCAACUUAACUCUAUCCAGAAUGUACAAACUACUACGAUUCAGAAAAUAGCAUCAUUAUCCGUUCAAUUAGACCAUGCUAUGGUGCAAAUUAAUAACCUUUCCCAAAACUUACAAGUCACACCAUUGAGCGCAUGCAAAUCUUCACCAAGUAAUACAGCUUUUUACAUCAAGCCAUUUGAAACUGUUCAACAAUUGGAUGAAUUAGAACUGGAAUUGUCAAACAGUGCCAAUAGGCAACAAAAAAAAGCAAUUGUACUCUGUUAUUUUCGCUGGUGGCAAAGUGUCGAGGAAAAAGAUCAUGAAAGAAGAAAUGAUUACGAAACUUCAGAAAAUGUCGACUCUAAUAUCGAUGAAAAUGAAAACACGGAGGAAGAAGACGAAGAUCACGAAAGAGAUUGA